AGGAGGUGGAGCAAACAAAGGUGCGGCUGCAGACCUGCAGAUUUGACCAGAACAAUGGUUACCUGAAGAGCAGAGCUACAGGGAAAAUAUCUUUGACUUUUCCCCUUUUUCUCUUGGCUUCUCGAAGCUCAGGUGGCUCAUAAUGAGCAGGUGAGGCUCACACAUGGGUGCAACAGAAUGCUGAAGCUGAGGCAUACAUUUUUUAACGGAGCAACACUUCCCUCUGCAAAUGGACUCAAACUGACACCCAAAUUAAAAGUCUGGGCAGCGCAAGGGAGAGCUGCUCAGCUACGGCUGGACAAAGCCAGAAAAUGGAGAAUGGCGUCAGACCAGCAGAAAACAGGAGAUGUUUUGGCUUCUCGCGGCGGCACAGUCUUUUCUUACUUCUGGUUCUCGGAGUGGUGCUUUUUGUCUACUGCACCAACAUCCGGGACCCCAAAGAGUGGAUGAAGAAUCAUUCAGUGAAACUACUCACUGUGUUUGGAAAACAAAGCACUGUCUCCAAAAGCAAAGGAUUUACUGGGUCACCAGAUGGAAACACCACUGCUGAACUUCCUGAAACCACGAGCGUCACCACAACGCAGGAGCCACCGACUCAACGGCACAGGACAGUUUCAUCACGGGUCACCAAGAAGACACUAGAAACCCAAACUGGCCAGCGGACAGCGGCUCCUUAUGUGUCUCCUGGACCGUACCUGGUGGAGUACCCCUAUGAGUACCACUUCACUAUCAACGAGGAACUGAAAUGUAAGCAGGAGAAGCCGUUUGUGGUUCUGAUGGUACAAGUGGCGCCACGCAACCGAGCUCAUCGCGACGUCAUCCGUAACAGCUGGGGAAGCGAGAAGCUGGCUAACAACCAGGUGGUGGCGCUGUUCUUCCUGCUGGGGAUGCAGACUGGAGACGAUGCAGAGCAGGUCCACCAGCAGCUGCUGCAGGAGAGCAAAGAGCAUCACGACCUGAUCCAGGGAGACUUUGUGGACUGCUACAAGAACCUGACCAUAAAGACCAUGGUGAUGCUGGAGUGGCUGAACUCCUACUGCUCCAGCGCCGCUUACGCCAUGAAAAUCGAUUCAGACAUGUUUCUAAAUGUUCCCAAUCUGGUCAACUUGCUCCUCAAAGCUCCCAGGACAAACUACAUGACCGGUCUGGUGGCACACGGAGCAGCUGUCUUGAGGGAUCCCAAGUCCAAAUGGUUCUUACCUCAAGAAAUUUUCAGCGAAAGCAUUUACCCUCCCUAUGCUUUGGGUCUGGGCUACAUUUUGUCUUUGGAUCUCACCAAAAAGCUCAUUGAGGCUUCCAGACACAUUAAACCUCUUUACAUUGAAGAUGUAUAUUUGGGCUUAUGUAUGAGACACCUGGGUAUCCGUCCAACAGACCCCCCGAGUUACUCCUUCCACGUUUUUCCUCUGAGUUACAGUCGCUGUGCGUACUCCAAGAUUAUCGCAACCACCUGUCCUGAAAAUAUGGAUCGUGUUUGGAUUUGGAGAGAAUUUAAAAAGCCAGGUCCGCACUGUUGAUUGGUGAAAAAGAUAGCAAAUUAAAACAAAGGACCACUUCGUGUUUACAUGA